AUGGCACACUUAUUCUUUGCGUGUCCGUUUGCUAUACAAGUAUGGCGUUUGUCGGGGCUUUGGUCUGAUGUUAGUGCUGCAAAUUCGAAUGCUGAUUCAGAUAUAGGGACUGUUUUUGCACUACUUGAUAUGCUUACUACAGAACAGAGAGUGGUAUUUGCUGCUACGGUGUGGAGCCUUUGGAAACACCGUAACUUAAAGGUUUGGGAGGGUGUAACGGAAGUUGUUGCAGUUGUUGUUGACCGUGCGCGUGUGAUGAUUACUAAGUGGCAGAUUGCAAACACCAAAACAUCAGCUGAGAGCCGAGCGGCUACAGCAGCACCUCCCACGCAGCUGCUCUCAAAUUCUGCAGAGGUAAAUUCCUCAGAUGAUGGUUUGGUAUUGUGGCAGAAACCGACAUCCGGGCGGUACAAGUGUAAUGUUGAUGCCGCUUUUUCUUCAAAUUUCAACCGUACGGGCAUUGGUAUUUGCAUUCGUGAUGAGGAAGGUGCUUUCGUCUUGGCAAAAAUGACGAGUUUUCCUUGUUUAGAUCAGGUUACGGUUGGUGAAGCCAUGGGCUUAUUUGAAGCUCUCCAAUGGCUUAGUGAUAUGUCGUUAGAUAAUAUCGACUUCGAGCUUGAUUCUAAAAUUACUUGUGAUGCAUUCCGCUCCAGUAAAGACGAUGUCUCUAAGUUUGGACAUGUCAUUGCAUCUUGUAAAGCUCUCUUUUCCGCCUUCUUCAUCAACUUCAGGACAGAGUUCACUAGGCGACAAGCAAAUGCAGCAGCUCAUGCGCUUGCAAGAGAGGCUACAUUUCUAGCUAGUCCCGUCAUUUAUUAUCAUAUCCCUUCUUAUAUUGAAACAAUUAUUAUAAAUGAAAUGCAAUGA